CAAAUUUCAGUAAAAUCGUGACCGGCCGGUGAGAUGCUUCUUCUGUUUUGAAUCGUGUUAUGUGAAAAGAAUACUAAACUUGUGUUAUGUCGUGGUUUAAGGAAGAGAGGAAAACCUCCUUCAUAAGAACGUUCUGUAAUAAUGUCAUCAAAGCUGGUCAGAUUCCUAAACACGUUGCCAUCAUAAUGGACGGGAACAGAAGGUUUGCGAAGAAGGUGAAGUGCGAACGUUCAAAGGGACACGAGAAGGGUUUUGAGAAGUUAACAGAGGUGAGAUACGCGGCUAUCAUUUGCUGAGUAAGCUUAUGUCUGCAGGAAAUUUUAGUAUAGCUUUUAAGUUAUAUUCAAACCAUUUCGGUCAAAAUAUCUACUAGAGAUCCCAAGGUAAAAAAUUAUAAGGCUUGCGCGAAAUUUUCAUCACUCACUCGGUGUAUAAAGUACAAUUGAAAUGAAAAUUUUAAUUGAAAUAAGAAGAAAUAGGAUCAAAACGAUGAUUUUAUCGAUGAAAUAUGAUGGUUGAGCAAAACGAUUGCUCUAUAUUCAGUUAAGGUAUUGACUAGCCUUUUUAUUUUUGUGGGGAAUUUUGACAUACGCAUACAUACAUGAAACCUGAUACUUCAGUCAUCUGACUUCAUUUUUGCAUGAUAUUGCACAAUUCAUUGACUUUUAGGAUCUGAAAGUUGACCCUUUUGGGUGGUCCUGAGAAUCUGAAAUUAUAUCAAAACAAUGUUCCUCCAAAAUGAUAAUGUUCUUGUUUCUUUUUGACUGUCUGCACGGUAGUUGAAAAAUUGUAAGGAAAAAGUUUCAUCUUAUCAGUCCUGGGAAUGCAAAGGUGAAGCCAAGAAUGGCUUUUUCCUUUCUUUUGUUUUAUUCAAGGGAGAUCAGUAAAUAGUGCUGUGAUGCACUCUUAGUUUUUAACAUUUUGGGUAAAAGAUCCUAACCAAAACAACCAAUGAUCAUGGUAUACUGUAAAUGGAUUUUGAGUUGAACUCAAGAAGAAAAAUUCCAUAUCUACAAACAACUGUGUAUUAUUUUGUUUGUCAUACAAACACCAUAAGCCUUUACUGACAAGAAAACUUGACUUAAAUAAUUCAUCAACUCAGCAGAGUGAAGGCAAAGGUAAGUGACCCAGUAUCAGCUGAUUGGUGAUAUCAAACACACAAAAGAAGUUAUCGUAACUUACUUGUGCACAGGUAUGGCUUUUCCUAGGGCUGGAAAUCCUUGUAAACACUGAAGUUUGUAUAAUAAUGCAUUAUCAUCCAUUAUUUGUUCUGUGUCAAAAUCCAUAAUAUCAUUUGGGUGCAUUUAUUACAACAUAAUUAAAAGUGAAUGUCACCACACUCUUCUUAAUGAUCCUUUUUCACUCAUUACAGGUGCUGGAAUGGUGUUUUGAUCUUGGAAUACCAGAAGUUACAGUUUAUGCAUUUAGUAUUGAGAAUUUUAAACGAUCAAAAGAGGAAGUGGAUGGACUCAUGGAACUUGCCACACAAAAAUUUGAUAGAUUGAUGGAAGAGAAGUAAGGACAUACAUUAGUGAUGAAACACAUUUAUUUGUUUUAACCUUUAAAUUCCCAUGAGUGACCAAGACAGAGGUAUUCCUAGCAGUAUCAAUAUAAAAUCUAACAGUCAAGUCAUGAUAAUAAAGAAACAUGUAAAAAGUAGGGGAUUUUUAUUUGAUCCAAAAAUAAAUUAUUAGAACUACAUGUACAUGUAACAAAUAAAGAAUUGUAUAACAGACAGUAAGAAGAAUCACUUAUGAGAUCUUGGGAGUGGAAGGGUUACAGUACCACUUGUGCAUAUGUUAACCAAAAAACAUCUCAUCACUUGUCUGUUAGAUUCUGUACUGAUGUUGCGAGGAUAACUUCUGUCUUAGUCACUCAUGGGAAUGAAAGGGUUAAUACACCAAAAAUUGCAUGCAAGUGCUAAUAAAAAGAAAUGUGCAUGUCAAAAAAUCAAGAAAUGACAAAAUUUUUUUUUUUUCUAAGAGAGGAAAUCAAGUAAACAUUUUUUGGGAAGAUGAGAAGGGAAGUAGGCUUGGAGAAGGCCAAAGCAAUUCUUAAACCCAUUGGAUUUGUCAUGAGUAAGAGUAAGAGGGGUCGAUUAUUGCAUUACAGUAUGGAAAAGUCUAUGGGUUAUCUUUACACUAAAAAAAGGGAAAAUUGCAUUAAAAAGUUACAAAAUUUGUGUGUUGCACCCUGUCACUCCACUGGAAGCUGGCAAAAAGAGAAGAAAUUGGCAAACCACCAUUUUGCCCAUUGUGUUAGCAGGGCUUCUUCUUGAUUUCUAAAUGACUUUUACCUGGCCUUAAAGUUGUCCCAGGAAAGAGCAAUCUCUUGUACCUAAUAACCACAUCAGGAGUAACAACACCUACCACUAUGAUUGAAUGAAUUGUAUUUUUUUGAUAUUCAUUUUUGUGUUUUAAGAGAAAUGAUCAUGAAGCAUGGAGUUUGUGUGAGAGCGCUUGGUGAUCUCACCAUGUUACCAGAAGAGUUACAAAGAUCAGUAGCAAGAGUUGUGAAAUAUUCUCAAAAUAACACCAAGUAAGUUGGAGCCAUGUUUAUAAACCUUUAUCAUGCACAUAAUGGACAUGGAAAAAACUAAUUUUCCAGCCAAGAGACCCUUAACUGCUCAUGCACUUAUUCCAGUUUCUAUUAUAGAAAAAUUACUCUUCAGGAGUAUUAGUUGUGCCCCUGAUCUGGAUACUAGUUCAUAGCAAAUUACAUAUGUCCCAGGGUAAUUAAUUAUUAUCAAGUUUAACUGAGUUUAUUUUAAAUAAAUUAGCCCUUCAUCAGAGCAUCAUUGUCAUUGUUCUGAUGCAGGGCCAUUGCUCAAAACAUCAGCUUUUAAACUCCUUACGGUGGCUUAUUUACAUUAUCAACUUGUUUGAUAAUACUAAAUUACCUUGUUAUACUCUCCCACCAAUGCAACACCACAGUUACUUUAGAAACUUACCCCCUUUUUACAUAUAUCCCAGCCAGCAUUUCAUUUGGUGGUUAUGUUUAUAGUGUGUUGGUCUAAUAAAUAACUAGAAACUGACUUGAAAGGUGAUGGUUUGCAUCUUGGUCAUUUGUGCCAUCCUUUCAAUCCAGGAGUAUAAAUGGGUACUGCUGGAUUGUCAGGAGAGAAGUAGAAUGAUAAUUUGGUAGUGGGGUGUUUUGGCGAGGGGGAGAUAUAAAGCAUUUGCUAAUGAUAGAAGCCUCUUCUGUAUGAGGGUCUGAGACCAUGUUCCUUAAGAAAAUUCAGGAGUAACCUGAUGAAAUCCUGAUAGAAUUAUAUGUAUUACUUCAUCCAGGCAGAUUGUCAAAUUUAUGUAUAUCAGUGUUGGUAUCUGCAAUAACAGCCAUAUGUACUGUAAUUUAGACUUGUUUUAUCUGCUGAUUUGGUGGUGUUCAUUUGAUAAAUUUUGGAUGAUCUUUAGCUCACCAUCCCUUCAGAUAAAUGUUGAGUAUAGUUAAAAUAUAUUCUUCAAAAGCUAAGAUGAUUAAAAAAAAGUUAUGUAAAGAAUUUAUAUGCACAUUGAUGUAUCUUACUAUCUUCUGGUAAAAAGCAAAAUGACUGGAACCAAUGUCAGUUUCUUAUCUUUAUUUGUGUUUACUUCUUCCAGAGCAACCUUGAAUGUUUGCUUAGCAUAUACAUCAAGACAUGAAAUUUCAAAUGCUGUUAAAUUAAUGGCUGAAGGUGUUGAACUUGGUUUACUAAAAGCAAGGUACGUGUUGUAGUCCUUUACAGGGGUACAAUUGUUAUCCGAAAUAGUGGUAACUCCCCUCCAAUAGGCAGUGCUUAAGUAAUCGCAGAGCACUGUGAAAUAAAGGAAGGUAUCCAUUAGAAGGGUUGGGGAAGAACGGUGAGAGAGAAUUUCUUCAAAACUUUCAAGAGAAGUUCUUUCUUAGGACAGAAUCUGGCUGUUACAUGUAUGUGAAAUCAUAUACCACAUUUUGUCUUGUACUAUGGUUAAAUAUAUCAGCAAACUUUUUAUGCAGCCAUAAAUAGUUUUUUUGCAUCUUGUGAUUUCAAAAGGACAAAGCUACUGUAAUCUGGGAACAUCAAUUUGUUCAGAGCUACACCUAUGUUCCCUUAAAUGUUGAAAAUACACUGUUCAGCAGUUCAUUGCCUCUUGAGUGUUUUGACUUAAACUGCUUCUUUUCUUAACAGUGAUAUUAGUGAGUCAUUACUAGAGAAAUGUCUCUACACAUCACACUCCCCACACCCUGAUAUGUUGAUAAGGACAUCAGGAGAGGUGCGGUUUAGUGAUUUCUUAUUAUGGCAGGUGAGAGAAAAAGAGAUUUGAUGUUGAUUUAAAUGCAGAAAGGCUAGGGAGUCUGGUUGGAGAACUUUGAAAGAUUUAUAAGUCUACAUUAUUUGUAAACAUGUAUAUGUAUGAAACUUGUCUGUCGAUACAUGUAUAGUUUGAAUCUAGUUGCUCUGCUUUUAUUGUCUGUUUUUACCAUCUGUGAUUGGUACAUUUCAAUUGUACCCAAUCAAAUGCAUUCAUCUUGGCUGAUGAGAACUAACCAAUCACAGCCUCAUUCUUGAUGCGAUGAUGUUAUACCAUUCAACCUCAUCACUCAAAGGAGACUAGCCACAUAUGCAUUUUGUAAUAUCUCAGACAACCUUGGAAAGGCCUGCAUUGCAAGAAAAAGAAUGAUAAGUUCUUACAAAUCAUAACCAUUUAAUUUUAAAGUUCUCCGAGACUUUGCAUUGAUUGAAUGAUAUUCCUGAAGGAUUACUCAGUUGUUGCCCUGAUCAUUUUUUAAAAAAUGUGUAAACCUCUGUUGAACAGUUGAAAAUAUGUUGUGAAUUUCACUCAUUUUGUUUCAGUGUUCAUAUUCCUCAUUGUCAUUUCUCAAAGUUUUAUGGCCUGAGUUCUCAGUGUGGGAUUUUUAUGGAGCCAUUCUCUCAUUCCAGUGGAAUUAUAAAGCAUUCAAGGUGAAUUCUAGAAAUACAUCUUUGGGUUUUCCUGGUUUUUUUGUUUGUUUGUUUGUUUGUUUGUUUUGCAGCAAACCUUUUGAUACUUUUCAAUAACUUUUCACCUUAAUAUGAUCUAAUACAACCCUCUUUGGGCCAUGAUUUUCUUUCUUUAUUUAAAAAGAUCUUAUUAUUUCAUAAAAUGGAGUGACUUUAAGCAAAACAACCUGCAACCUCUUGCAGGAAGCUACUGAGAGCUGUAGGAUAAAGCAAACACAAGCGGAGUUGGACUGGGAACUACAAUGUGUGUUGGAUGAAAUGGCUGGAGGAUCUGUUUCAGUCUCCAAUGGCAAUGGUCACAUGCCAAACACAAGAUCAGCAUUUGAACAGAAUGGUGCCACAACUGAGGAAAUACCCUUAACAAAUGGUUACCAUGGGCUUCAAACAAGCAUACAUAAUGUUGAAGAACUUAUUACUAAGCCUUGCAUUCAACAGAGACUAAAAACUUAUAGAGAAUUGAAGCAAUCCAGGAUAGAUAAAUUUAUUGCAUAUUUGGAAAACAGACAAGUGGAAUAUCUUGAGAGAAUAUGUCCAAAAGUGAUGUGAGAGUACACUUGUUGCUUGAAACCUGCCAGAUGUUAUACUUUAUAAAUUAAAAAUAGAGUAUAAUUCAAUUUUGGUUAGCCUAGAAAGAGGAAGUCAAUCUAUUCAACCAUUUGCCAAUCAGUUGAUGCAUGGUGGUAAUUAAUUGGAGAUAUUGCUGUUUUUAAAGAGCACUUAACUUCAAUCAAAUCAACUCCAAAUUACAUUUCAAAUCCUGCAACAGUUUACAAUAUGCUCCAACAUGAAAUCUUUGAAAUUGUGCAACUUGAUAUUUAUGCAAACAUUUGAGCAACAAUCCUUGUGCUGUAGAAGGGUAAAUUGAGCAUUGGAAGUAAUCCAGGAUCUGGGAUUGUUCCAGAAAACUGGCAUCAUCUACUCAAACAGUCAGUCAACCAAAAAGUACUCUAACCUAAUUCACAAUUUGACCAAAAAGAAAUUUGUAAAAUAAUUUUAUUUCCUGCUAAAGUCAAAAGAGCUCUCUCAACAGGCAGCUAGUCUGUGUUUGCUGAGAGCAAAAAGUUCUUCACAGGAAGGGUUUUAUUGGCAAAAAGGGGUUAAAAGAAAAUCAAUGUUUCUGAGGAGAAUAGUAGGCUAAUAUAAAAGAACAUUGACAAUUAAAGGAAUUUUCUAAGCUCUCUGAUCUGGAAAAUAAUGGGUUUACUGUAAAAAAAUCAUAGUAGGAAAAUUAUUAUACUUGUAAAUAUGAUAAAUGUUUUUAUUGAUAUUUGCUGUUUCUCUCCAAAGGUUGUUGAAUUAAGGGGGUCCUUAGAUGGGUAUUUUAAAAUAAACUUACUAUUUAUUUCACUUUAUUGUUCUCUCAGCUUUGUAUUUUGUAGCAAAGUUAUCAUAGUUGAGUUUCAGUUUGGGAUAAAUCUUCUCCGGCUCUUGACUCAGCACAACUUUCUAAUUAAUAGUUAUAAAUUAUUCUCAACUAUACUGGUCUGACCAGACAGUUUUGAGUAAUAAUGCAGAGCAAGCUUCAGAAAGCCUCAAUUGUAAAGCUUGUUUGCACCUUAAGUGAGAACACUGGAAUACACUUGUGGCAGUCUAGUUCAUAAACUAGCAAGAUCUGGAUAAUAUCUUCUUGAAAAUUUGCAAAGCCUGAUAAUUUUAUCAAAAACAUGACAGCAAGAAGGAUACAAUUAUCUAAUAUCCAUAUUCUCUCUAACCCAUGUAAUCAAUACCAAUAAAUGAGCCUCAUUCAGUAACUAUCAUCAUUAUAAAUUAGACUUACUAUGAAAAUUGGUUGAGAGCAUACAGUCAAUAUAUGAUAGCAUGUGAAGUUGAUGUGAUAACUUGAUAUCUGUAGCAGGAGCAUGUCAGGUUCAAAGUCUGCCUAGUUUCCAAGCCCCUUGUCCAUGUAGAACUGUUCUGAAACUUUUGCAAACACACAAUAAAGUGUCCUCUCUGAGAUUAUUGAAAAAGUG